CUUGUGCGGAAUCGCGGUCGGAGGCUCUGGGGAAAUGCUACUCCGAAAAAGCGGCCGCCGCAGCGACGAACCGCCGUACGCUCCCCGCUGACCCUACGGCAUCGAGUUUGUGUUUGCCGUUUUUGGGAUCGGGUUGUUUGUUUGUUUUGUGUGCAAGUGCGGCAAUUGAUGGCGAGCGGCAUGCGACUCGGAUACUGCGGCGCCGGGUGUUCCGUGUCCGUCGUUUCGUUGCUGCUCUACUUUCUUCUCGCGAGGAGCGCCGGCGGCGUGCAGAUUGUGAGGCUCUCGGUGCCCACCUGGGUGGAGAACGGCACGGAGGACUCUGUGCUCCUGGACUGCGAGUACGUGUACACAGAGCGAGACGACUCCCAGCUGGUGGUGAAGUGGUUUCUCAACGACGACCCCAAGCCCAUCUACCAGUGGAUCCCCGAGCUGGAGACGCGCCACGUGUCCCAGCGGCUGCGCGGCAGACUGAACACGGACUUCACGGUCACGGGCAACCGGUUCACCAAGUUUCGCGCCCUCAACAUGCUGCGACCCACCACGGAGCUGAGCGGGAGGUACUCGUGUCACGUGACCUCUCACAGCAGCCAAGACCAGCGGUCGCAACUUAUGACAGUCUAUGCACGCCCCAAGCACUUCGUGUUCAACUUCACCCGAGCGGGUGCCACGACCAACUUCAGCUGCGAGGCGACGGGUGCGUUUCCGGUGCCCGAGCUGUCGCUCUUCCGGCUGGACGAGGGCUCUGCCGUGCGGCACGCCCUGCAGCCGAUGCAGCGGGUCAGCCCCCGCCAGGACGGAAGCUACGUGACCCAGGUGUCCAGCCAGGUGCCCGACGACGGGUUCUCGCGGUCCGGAAGACACCUUUUCGUCUGCCUUCUCUCCAUUCCCGGAACAGACUUCAAGAACCAGCGACUCAUCGAGUUCUACCCUGAAUACUACAUGGACACCGGAAGUCUGAACAGCCUCACUCCUUUCCUCCUUUGUUCUUGUGUCCUGUUUGCCUCGGUGCGGCGGUAG